AUUAGGUAUGUACUACCUCUCCGUUGCACAACCCUAGUUUGACUGGGACCGAAAAGUGGUCAAGCACACUUUGCCAGGUGGGGGGACCGCUAGAUUACGUAAGUUCAAAGCUAGUAGUCUGAUUGAGUCCUACGGAUGCAUGUGUGCGGCCGCGUUCUAUAACUAUUAUAAGCAAAAUCCGGAGGAGGGUAUGUAUCUAGUCUAUGUCUCUGCAGCGGGCGAGCGGGGGAAAAUGUCGUCGGAGAUAGAUGGAGUAGUUGCUAAGUACCCUGAUCUAUUUGAAGAGCCGACAGGGGUUGUUGAGAGGGAGGUCGUCCACGCGCUAGAAAUUAUCCUAGGGUCUAGCAUCCCGAAGGGUAGGAUCUAUCGGAUGUCUCCAAGCGAGCUUGAUGAGCUUCGUCAACAACUCAAGGAACUCGUCCAGAAGGGUUGGAUCCGGCCGAGUGUCUCUCCUUAUGGUUCUCCAGUCUUGUUAGUACCAAAGAAGGGGGGCACUCUGAGGAUGUGCAUUGACUAUAGGGGCCUCAAUGCCAUCACUGUCAAGAACCGAGAGCCCCUACCACGCAUCGACGACUUGUUAGAUCGAGUGCAAGGGUGCCGGUACUUCAGUAAGAUAGAUAUGAAGUCCGGGUACCAUCAGAUUGCUAUACGGCCCGAGGAUCAGCACAAAACCGCAUUUCAAACCAGGUACGGUCUGUACGAGUUUGUGGUGAUGCCUUUCGGCCUUUGCAAUGCUCCCGGCACCUUUCAACACGCGAUAAAUCGGAUCUUUCAUAACUACUUGGACAAGUUUGUCAUCGUGUACCUCGAUGACAUACUUAUCUUUAGUAGGACUGUUGAAGAGCACAUAGCUCAUUUGGAUAAAGUCCUUAGUCUCCUUCGACAGCACAAGUUCAAGAUCAACGGUGAGAAGUACGAGUUUGGCCGCACCCGUAUCUUGUACUUGGGUCAUGAGAUAUCCGCGGAGGGAUUGAAGGUGGCCAGCAUUCGUGACUGGCCGCGUCCUCAGUCUGUGACUGAGAUGAGGUCUUUCUUAGGGAUGAUCGGCUACUACCGUAACUUUGUUAAGAACUAUAGUAUGGUGGCCGCCCCUUUGACUGACCUGACCCGCCUUGACGCCCCAUGGGAGUGGACAGACAGGUGCGAGGCUGCUUUCAGACAUCUAAAGCAUGCGUUGAUGCAUCAUGAGGUCUUGAAACUUCCUGAUCGUGACAAGCCGUUCAUAGUAACCACGGAUGCCAGCCAAUAUGGCAGUGGUGUCGUGCUAGCGCAAUAGGAGGAGCCAAAGUUGAGGCCAGUGCGAGUGUUGGAUUGAAGUCGUUAAACAGUACGACUUCGAACCCCAAUAUCUGAAGGGGGAGUACAACAAAGUUGUUGAUGCCUU